AACGAUUAAUGUCAUCCGAAAGAAUUUCAGUGACAAGAGUAUCAAAAGCACCGAACAUAACGAGCUCCACUGGUAUUCUCAAUGAGCUUGGAUGGCAACAGCGACGUUCAUCGGUACAUUCUGAGAACAAGGAUCAGCCCCUAACCAUUCGUUUGGCUCAUUCAUUGGGAAAAAUGAAAAUGACUGACGAUAGUUUAAAUAGAUUUCGAAGAGUUUUUCUUGAUUUUGAUGGAAGACUUCUAUCAAAAAUUAAUCCAUGGAAUUAUCAAGAUAGAAUUAUUCUCAACAAUCAAUUUACACCUGAUUGA